CAGCGACGCAGACACCCGCCGUCCUCAGUGCGCUCCAGCGUGUUCUAGCUCGCUCCGACGACCGUCCGAUCGAGCAGUGCCGGCGCGCGCCAUGAAGAGCCCAGUGGUGGCACUCGUGCUGCUGGUGGCGGUGCAAUGCCUCGUGCUGGGCCCCGGCACGGCCGCGGCGGCGAAGCCCCGGCGCACGCGGCAGGGCGACUACCUGAACCGGCUGCGCGGGUCGCCGUCCUCCCGCGCGUCCUGGGAGUCGCUGGCGGAGGAGACGACGACGAAGGCGACGGGUAGACCCGCGCCGGCGGCGGCGGCGGCGGAGGCCGGGCGCAAGGAGGCCGACCGCGUGGAGGCGCUGCCCGGGCAGCCGACCAGCGUGGACUUCGCGCAGUACGCCGGGUACGUGACGGUGGACGCGGCGGCCGGGCGCGCGCUGUUCUACUACCUCGCCGAGGCCGUCGGCGGCAACGGCGACGGGUCGUCGUCCAAGGGCAAGCCGCUCCUCCUGUGGCUCAACGGGGGGCCCGGGUGCUCGUCGCUGGGGUACGGAGCCAUGGAGGAGCUCGGCCCGUUCCGCGUCAUGAGCGACGGCAAGACGCUCUACCGCAACCCCUACUCCUGGAACCACGCGGCGAACGUGCUGUUCCUGGAGAGCCCGGCGGGGGUGGGGUACUCGUACUCGAACACGACGGCGGACUACGGCCGGAGCGGGGACAACAAGACGGUGGAGGACGCGUACCAGUUCCUGGCCAACUGGCUGGAGCGCUUCCCGGAGUACAAGGGCCGGGAGUUCUACAUCACCGGCGAGAGCUACGCCGGGCACUACGUGCCGCAGCUGGCCCACGCCAUCCUCCGCCACGCCUCCCCGGCCAUCAACCUCAAAGGCAUCAUGAUUGGGAACGCGGUGAUCAACGACUGGACGGACAGCAAGGGCAUGUACGACUUCUUCUGGACGCACGCGCUCAUCUCCGACGAGACGGCCGAGGGCAUCGACAAGAACUGCAACUUCACGUCGGGCGCGGCGUCGAACGCGCUCUGCGACGACGCGUCGGACGCGGCCGGCGAGAGCCUCCGGGACAUCGACAUCUACAACAUCUACGCGCCCAACUGCCAGUCGGAGAAGCUCGUCACGCCGCCCAUCGCCCCCUCGAUCGACAACUUCGAUCCGUGCACGGACUACUACGUGGACGCGUACCUCAACCGCCCGGACGUGCAGAAGGCGAUGCACGCCAACGUCACCCGCCUCGACCACCCCUGGUCGGCCUGCAGUGAAGUCUUGACACGCUGGGUCGACAGCGCCAAAACGGUCCUGCCUAUUAUCCGGGAGCUGAUGAAGAACAACAUCAGAGUCUGGGUUUACAGUGGAGACACUGACGGGAGAGUGCCCGUCACUUCCAGCAGACUCUCUGUCAACCAGCUCCAGCUCCCUGUGGCGGCAAAAUGGAGGCCAUGGUUCAGCAGCACCAAGGGUGCCGGAGAGGUGGGUGGAUACAUUGUGCAGUACAAGGGCGACCUCAGCUUGGUAACUGUUAGAGGAGCAGGCCAUGAGGUCCCCAGCUACCAGCCGCGGCGAGCGCUUGUGCUUGUCCAGAAUUUCCUUGCAGGCAAAGCUCUCCCUGACUGCAAAGAAUGCGAACAAAAUUAGUAAAAGCAAAGAAGUUUUUACACUAAAAGAUAGUACACCAGCAGCUUCGCAGGUUGUAUCAUUUGAUUCAAGUACACGAAACAAGCAAAAUCAAGUAAAAUUAGAUACAGAAACCCAUCAUCAACUCAUGCGCUCCGCAGACUAUGUAACUCAAGGUCAGCAAAUGCUUCCAUAUUAGAUAUGAAACUGUAUGGUGUAUUCUGUUAAGUCUGAAGAUCUAUGCCAAAAUGGCAUGUUGCAAUACUGGUGCCUCCAAAGGAUGCUGCGCCUCCAUAUGUUGCUAUGACUUACCAGGAAUGAAAUUUAUAUGUUGGCUCCAAA